AAAUAAUAUUGCUGACAGUUUACACGGCAAAGCGCCAAAAUACAAGGCGGAGUGAGAGAUCCGCCAUUGGCGCUGGGUCUUGAACACAAACACUUCCCGAUGCGUCUCACUCGGACUCCUAGACAUGGCGGCGGCGUUUUUCUUCGAUCCAUUCUUCCGAUUUACGGUCUCAGACAUUCAGUAACCAUGAAAACAAUACAGAUCUUUGGCAUCUCACUCUCUCUUAUUCUUAUCAACUUGGCUGCCAUUAUGGAGCGUGCUGAUGAAAAUCUCCUUCCAUCUGUUUACAAAGAAGUCAGUGAAGCGUUUAAUGCUGGGCCAUCUGAUCUGGGGUACCUCACAUUUAUAAGGAACUUUGUGCAGGGAUUGUCAUCUCCCCUGGCAGGUAUACUUGUUCUAAAUCAUGAUCGGCCCACAAUUCUUGCCAUGGGCACUUUCUGCUGGGCUUUAUCAACUGCUGCUGUGGGUGUCAGCCAUGAUUUUCUGCAGGUUGCAUUCUGGAGGGCAGUAAAUGGCUUUGGUUUGGCGAUUGUGAUUCCAGCACUCCAAUCUUUCAUAGCCGAUAGCUACAGUGAAGCUGUGAGGGGAACUGGGUUUGGAUUACUGAGCCUUAUUGGUACCGUAGGAGGCAUAGGAGGUGGUGUUUUGGCUACAGUCAUGGCUGGGCAGCAAUUUUGGGGCAUACCAGGAUGGCGAUGUGCCUUCAUUUUAAUGGCAUCUUUGAGUGGAUUAAUUGGAUUCCUGGUUUUAAUAUAUGUGGUUGAUCCAAGAAAAAGAAAUAUCACGGCUUCUGAUGCUAGUGAAAGUUCCGAUAGGGAUGAACUUAUGGAGAAGGGCAAUGCUGGCGCAGCUUCAAUUUGGAUGGAAUCCUGGGCUGCGAUGAAAGCUGUGAUGAAAGUGCAAACAUUUCAAAUCAUUGUUUUACAGGGUAUUGUUGGGUCACUGCCAUGGACUGCCAUGGUAUUCUUCACAAUGUGGUUCGAACUGAUAGGUUUUGAUCAUAACAGUUCAGCAACGCUCCUUAGUCUCUUUGCUAUUGGAUGUGCUGUGGGAUCUUUUAUCGGUGGAUCAAUAGCUGAUAAGCUGUCUCGUGUCUAUCCCUAUUCUGGGCGUAUCAUGUGUGCACAAUUCAGUGCCUUUAUGGGUAUUCCAUUCUCCUGGUUUCUUCUGAAGGUGAUCCCUCAGUCCGUAAGCAGCUUUGCCAUCUUUGCCAUCACUCUCUUGAUAAUGGGUCUAUGUAUAAGCUGGAACGCUACAGCUGCCAAUGCUCCAAUGUUUGCAGAAGUGGUCCCUGUUAAACACCGGACCAUGAUCUAUGCAUUUGAUCGUGCUUUUGAGGGAUCAUUUUCUUCAGUUGCAGCUCCCUUGGUGGGCAUUCUUUCUGAGAAGUUGUUUGGGUACGACUCUAAGUCUGUUGAUUUUGCUAAAGGAUCUGCUCCGGAGGCUCUUGCAUUGUCCAAGGGCCUUCUUUCCAUGAUGGCUGUUCCAUUUGGAUUGUGCUGUUUGUGUUACACGCCGUUAUAUUAUAUUUUUAAGCGAGACCGUGAGAGAGUUAGAAUGCUCACCGUUGUGAAAGAGUCCGAGAUGACAUAAAGAGUUUGUUUCUUCUAUUGAGUUGUGUUUCCUCUUUCCACUUUUCUCAAUAUAUCCGUGGUUUUGGAAGCUGAUUGAAAGGAAUGAUCCUCAUUUUGUUGCGAUUCAAGGAUUUUUGUUGAUGACAGUUUAAUGGCUCCUUCAUUGUGAGGCUUACACGAUUCCUCAGACAAAUUUAAUGCAUUCUUUACACAUCAGAA